AUGCAUUCUGCUGCAACUUCUACAUAUCCCUCUGGGAAAACAUCCCCAGCACCAGCUGAAACCCCUGGAACUGAAUACAGAAUUCUCCAACGACGUGGCGGUGGUGGGCAUGGCCUGCCGCGUAGCGGAGGCAACCACAACCCUGAGCUUCUCUGGCAAUCGCUUCUCAGCCAGAAAAGUGCAGUGGGUGAGAUUCCACCAAUGCGAUGGGAGCCUUACUACCGUCGGGAUCCACGGAAUGAAAAGUUUCUCAAGCAAACGACGUCGCGUGGGUAUUUCUUAGACCAUCUAGAGGACUUUGAUUGUCAAUUCUUUGGUAUCUCUCCAAAGGAGGCCGAGCAGAUGGACCCCCAACAGCGAGUCUCCCUCGAAGUGGCAUCUGAAGCUCUGGAGGAUGCCGGCAUUCCUCUCAAGAGCCUGUCUGGCAGUGACACAGCGGUCUUCUGGGGUGUGAACUCGGACGACUACUCCAAGCUAGUCCUGGAAGAUCUGCCAAAUGUUGAGGCCUGGAUGGGCAUUGGUACUGCGUACUGUGGUGUGCCCAAUCGCAUUUCUUAUCACCUCAAUUUGAUGGGACCCAGUACCGCCGUGGAUGCGGCCUGUGCGUCGUCUCUCGUCGCCGUUCAUCACGGAGUUCAGGCCAUCCGGCUAGGGGAAUCACAGGUGGCUAUUGUUGGAGGCGUCAAUGCCCUCUGUGGACCAGGCUUGACCCGCGUCCUCGACAAAGCCGGAGCCAUCUCGUCUGAUGGAUCUUGCAAGUCCUUCGAUGAUGACGCCCAUGGGUAUGCCAGAGGCGAAGGUGCCGGCGCUCUCGUUCUCAAAAGUUUGCACCGUGCAUUGCUCGACCAUGAUAACGUCGUGGCGGUCAUCAAGGGCAGUGCAGUAUGCCAGGAUGGCAAGACAAACGGCAUCAUGGCUCCCAAUGCCAAAGCACAACAGCUAGCAGCACACAAUGCUCUCGCCGCUGCGAACGUUGACCCUCUCACCGUGCGCUAUGUGGAAGCACAUGCCACAUCCACACCUCUGGGAGACCCAACUGAAAUUUCUGCCAUCGCAGGCGUUUACGGUGCCGGCCGUCCCGCUGACGAUCCGUGUUAUAUCGGGUCCGUCAAGCCUAACAUUGGCCAUCUGGAAGCCGGUGCAGGCGUCAUGGGCUUUAUAAAAGCAGUCCUGGCCAUUCAAAAGGGCGUCCUGCCACCCCAGGCCAACUUGACAAAACUAAAUAGCCGGAUUGACUGGAAGACAGCUGGCGUGAAGGUCGUCCAGGAGGCCACCCCGUGGCCCUCCUCGGACUCCAUCCGUCGAGCAGGUGUGUGCUCAUAUGGGUACGGAGGUACCGUUUCCCACGCAGUCAUCGAGGAGUUCAGUCAUAUCCUGCAGCCAGAUCCCCUGGACGACGGGGCAGCCACCGGACCAGGCAUUUUACUAUUGUCCGGCCCACAGGAAAAGCGUUUAGCACUUCAAGCCAAAACAUUGCGGGAGUGGAUGACUGCUGAAGGAAAAGAUCAAAAUUUGAGUGAUAUUCUCACGACUCUGGCUACGCGACGAGAUCACCAUGACUACCGAGCAGCGCUUGUGGUUGAUGACCACCGUGAUGCGGAGCAGGUCCUUCAAGCACUGGCCAAUGGAGUUGACCAUAUUUUCACGACCCAGAGCCGUGUAUUGGGCGCAGACAUUAGCAAGGACGUUGUCUGGGUGUUUUCCGGGCACGGUGCGCAGUGGCCGGACAUGGGCAAGCAACUCAUCCACAAUCCUGUAUUCUUCGGAGCCAUUCAGCCACUUGACGAGUUGAUCCAAACUGAGAUUGGCCUGUCACCAAUAGAGCUGCUCCGAACGGGCGACUUUGAGUCAUCUGAUCGGGUACAGAUCCUAACUUAUGUCAUGCAAAUCGGGCUUAGUGCUUUGCUCCAGAGCAAUGGUAUCACUCCGCAGGCCGUGAUUGGCCACUCCGUGGGCGAAAUUGCUGCCAGUGUUGUGGCUGGAGCUUUAUCCCCAGCAGAGGGCGCGCUUAUUGUCACCCGCAGAGCAUUGUUAUACCGACAGGUUAUGGGCAAGGGCGGCAUGAUCCUUGUCAACCUCCCUAGUGGCGAGACAGAAGAGAUCUUAGGCCCCCGAUCAGACCUGGUUGUGGCCAUUGAUUCAUCGCCUUCUUCCUGCGUGGUGGCUGGAGACAAGGAUAUGGUGGCCGAGACAGCAGAGACCCUCAAGGCACGAGGCGUGAAGACAUUCACUGUCAAGAGUGAUAUUGCCUUCCAUAGUCCAACCCUGAAUGGCCUUGUGGAUCCUCUGCGUGAUGUGCUCGGAGAGACACUGUCCCCCAUGAGUCCCAGCAUCAGAUUAUAUUCCACCGCACUAGUAGACCCUCGCGGUCAGGACCUGCGGGACGUGGAAUACUGGGCCGGCAACAUGGUCAAUCGUGUGCGUCUCACCUCGGCCGUCAAAGCCGCUGUUGAGGACGGAUAUCGCCUCUUCCUCGAAGUUUCAACCCAUCCAGUGGUGUCUCACUCUAUCAACGAGACACUAAUGGAUGCAGGCAUGGAGGACUUUGCGGUUAUCCCAACUCUCCUUCGCCAGAAGCCAACUGAGAAGCAUGUCUUGCAUAGCAUUGCACAGCUUCACUGCCGCGGCGCGGAAGUGAACUGGGCAGCGCAGAUGCCUGGACGCUGGGCCACCGGUCUGCCCACCACUACCUGGAUGCAUAAGCCCAUCUGGCGCAAGAUAGAGACAGCGCCCCUCCAUACUGGCCUCACACAUGACGUCGAAAAACACACGCUUUUGGGACAGCGCAUCCCGGUGCCCGGCACCGACACCUUUGUUUACACUAGCAGGCUGGACAACGAAACUAAGCCCUUCCCCGGCAGCCAUCCCCUGCACGGUACCGAGAUCGUUCCCGCAGCAGGUCUGAUUAAUACUUUCGUAAAAGGCACCGGUGGCCAGAUGCUUCAAAACGUGGUGCUCCGUGUUCCCGUUGCUAUCAACGCGCCACGGUCCGUCCAGGUCGUAGUGCAGCAGGAUCAGGUGAAGGUUGUGUCCCGGUUGAUUCCAAGUGAGCCCUCGGCGUUGGAUGACGAUGCCUCCUGGGUCACACACACCACUGCCUAUUGGGAUCGGAAGGUGCUGGGUUCAGCAGAUCGCAUCGACCUCGCCGCCGUCAAGUCACGACUGGUCACCAAACUACCAGACAACUUUUCGAUUGACUACUUGGACAAGGUGGGCGUCUCGGCCAUGGGAUUCCCCUGGGCGGUGACAGAGCAUCAUCGCAAUGCAACGGAAAUGCUGGCGCGUGUUGAUGUCAAUCCCGCCGUCCUGGGAGAUGCCCCCCCUGCCAUGGGAUUCAUCCUCCUGGGCUCCGCUGCACUGCGGAUGCCAGCCCAGAUCGAGCGUGUGGAGAUCUUCACCUCGGAGGACCCACCCAAGAUCAGCUGGCUCUACGUCGAGGAGGCUUCGGAUACAGUGCCCACCUCUCACGUCAGCGUGGUGAGCGAAACAGGCGAGGUCCUCGCGAAGUUUACGGCCAUGCGGUUCUCGGAGAUUGAAGGUACCCCCGGCGUCAGUGGCAGCAUGGAGAGUCUCGUUCAUCAAAUCGCCUGGCCACCGGCCACCCCAGCCGAGGAGCCCUUGCCCAUUACGACGGUGAUCCUAGUCUCCCCUGAUGCUACGACCCGGGCUCAGUAUGCAGCAACUCUGCCAACCGGGAUUCAAUCUUUCCAGUACUCCACCACACAGGAUUUCUUCAGCGAUGCUUCAUCCCUUCCCCUUGAGAAGGGAACUGUGGUGACCUACAUCCCCGGUGAGGUCGCCUCGCUAGCGGAGGUCCCCAGUGCAUCCGAGUCGUUCACUUGGAAUCUGCUCGAAUUGAUCAAAUUCAUCGUCAAUGGCUCACUGCCUAUCAAGGUCUUCACCCUCACUGCGGGCGUGGGCGAGGGUCAAACCCCCACCGCCCUGGCUCAAUCCCCAUUGUUCGGCCUGGCGCGAAUCAUCGCCAGUGAGCAUCCCGAUAUGGGAUCCCUCAUUGACGUUGAAGAGCCCACGAUCCCCCUGUCGACGAUGCGAUACAUUCAGGGGGCCGAGAUCAUCCGAAUCAGCGACGGAAUCGCUCGCAUCUCCCGGUUCCGCAGCUUACCGCGCUCCAAGCUGCGCCCUGUCAGCGACGGUCCUCGUCUCCUUCCACGCCCCGAGGGCACAUAUCUGAUCACCGGUGGCCUUGGCAUACUCGGACUCGAGGUCGCUGACUUCCUGGUCGAGAAGGGUGCCAGGCGUCUAUUGCUGAUCUCGCGGCGUUCCCUCCCCCCUCGCCGGACCUGGGACCAGGUUGGCGCGGAUCUCCAGCCGACCAUCGCCAAAAUACGCCUCCUGGAGAGUCGCGGCGCCUCGGUUCAUGUCCUCCCCUUGGACAUCACCAAGCCGGAUGCGGCCGAACACCUGUCGACGGCGCUGGACCGCCUCGCCCUGCCUUCAGUCCUGGGUGUCGUUCAUGCUGCCGGUGUUCUGGAUAACGAGCUUGUGAUGCAAACCACACGCGACGCCUUCAGCCGGGUUCUCGCGCCCAAAAUCGCGGGUGCACUAGCCCUUCAUGAAGUCUUCCCCCCUAAGAGCGUGGAUUUCUUUGUCAUGUUUUCCUCUUGUGGAAACCUGGUCGGCUUCACUGGCCAAGCCUCUUACGGCAGUGGCAAUGCCUUCUUGGAUACACUGGCGACCCACCGGGCGCGUCUGGGUGACUCAGCCGUAUCCUUCCAGUGGACGUCGUGGCGGGGCCUGGGAAUGGGCGCUAGCACAGACUUCAUCAAUGCAGAAUUAGAAUCCAAAGGAAUCACGGACGUGACCCGCGAUGAGGCUUUCGCCGCAUGGCAGCAUCUCGCCAAGUAUGAUAUGGACCACGGAGUCGUUUUGCGAAGUCUCUCCUUUGAGGAGGGGGAGCCGGUGCCGGUACCCAUCCUUAAUGAUAUCGCAGUGCGGCGCGUGGGUACGCUGUCUAGCACCGCGCAGCCGGCUGCAGGUUCGAAUGGCAGUGAUGCGGUGCCUACAUCAGGACCAGAGCUCAAGGCGUAUCUGGACGAGAAAAUCCGGGGCUGUGUGGCCAAGGUGCUGCAGAUGACUGCUGAGGAUGUGGAUUCAAAGGCAGCCCUGGCCGAUCUGGGUGUGGACUCUGUUAUGACAGUCACUCUGCGUCGCCAGCUGCAGCAAACGCUGAAGGUCGCGGUGCCCCCAACGUUGACCUGGAGUCAUCCAACUGUCAGUCAUCUAGUGGUGUGGUUUGCUGAGAAGAUUGGUAAUUGA